AGCGUUCAAGAGCAUGACUCGACCUCGUUUGAGCUGAAUACGCCUGCAAGGAUGGUAUUGCACUCGAUCAAGGCCCUGACGCUUGCCGCAACCAUCUCUCUGAAUCUAAUGGUUGCACGUUGCGUCACGCGUCCAUCUCAUAAAAUGUCAAAUGAAGCUGAUGAACCGACACAAUCGGAGUUGCGACAGAUGACGACGCACUCGGCAUCAUGAAAGUCUAAUUGUGCCCACACAUGACCGUGCUUAGCUUGUCGAACAGUGGGGUCUAACACUUGGGGACAGGUUCUGAACUCGGGGCUUUCGCCAUGCAGCUCGGCUCAGAGCGUCACAGUUCAGGGUUUCCUCGCUUU